AUGGCAGCUUCAGUGCCCCGGUCAGCAUCUCGCCUCGCGAUACCGAAUGCAUCCCGCUCAAUACGACCGGCUGCACGAUGCGCCCGCACGUUCGCCACCGCUGUAGACACUCCCUCGCAGCCCUCAAAGCCCGCCCGACCAACCACCAGAUUUGCUGAUAAGCUGAACACCGGGCCUUCCUUCAACGACUUUGUAAAUCCAAACGCGCCGCUCUCCCCAUCCGAAGCCUACGAGAUAAAGACCGCCACGGUUGGCCCCAACGGUCGCAAGAAAACAAUCACACGACUCCCCGAGUGGCUGAAGACACCUAUACCCGUCAAUGAAAACUACAAGCGACUGAAAAAUGACCUCCGAGGGUUGAAUCUCCACACCGUCUGCGAAGAAGCAAAAUGCCCGAACAUCUCAGACUGCUGGGGUGGAAGCUCCAAGAGCGCAGCUACAGCGACGAUUAUGUUGAUGGGCGACACAUGUACGCGAGGCUGCCGCUUCUGCUCGGUCAAAACCUCCAAAGCACCCCCACCACUAGACGUCCACGAGCCCGAGAACACCGCAGAGGCACUGCGGAGAUGGGGCCUGGGCUACGUCGUCCUCACAGGCGUCGACCGAGACGACCUCGCCGACGGCGGCGCCCGCCACUGGGCCGAGUCCGUCAUGAAAGUCAAGCAGAAGUCCCCACAGAUGCUGGUCGAGACUCUGACGGGAGAUUUCGCAGGCGACAUGGAGAUGGUUAAGCUCGUUGUACGCAGCGGGAUGGACGUCUUCGCACACAACAUUGAGACAGUUGAGGAACUCACGCCCUUCGUGCGCGACAGGAAGGCAAAGUUCAGGCAGAGUCUGGACGUCCUGCGCACCGCGAAGGAAGAGAGACCAGACCUUAUCACCAAGACUAGCAUUAUGCUGGGUUUGGGCGAGACAGAGGCGCAGGUUGAGCAUGCGCUGAAGGAGCUGCGUAAGAACGGCGUGGACGUGGUUACGUUCGGCCAGUACAUGCGUCCUACGAAGCGGCACAUGGCUGUUACGGAAUACGUCACCCCCGAUAAGUUCGAGAUGUGGAGGCAACGCGCGCUCGAUAUGGGUUUCCUGUACUGCGCUUCAGGGCCCCUCGUGCGGUCGAGUUACAAGGCGGGAGAGGCCUUCAUCGAAAACGUGCUGAAGAAGCGGGCAGCGAAGAGGAACGAAUUGGUCGGCGCGCAGGCCGUCGAGGACUCGUCGCAGACGGUUUGA